AGAGACACACAGAGAGAGAGACAGCGAGAGAGAGAAAGAGCGAGCGAGAGAGACAGAGAGAGAGACACAGAGAGAGGGAGAGAAAGAGAGAGAGGAGAGAGAGAGACACACACACACACAGAUGGGCUGGAACAUGAUGUUAAUGCUGAUGACUGACUGACUCGCUACACUGGACGGGCGACUUAAUUUUAAACAAGUGUCUGUUUUCGGUUUCCGGCUCGUUUUUUAUCCCUAAAUCGAUGAACCCGAACACGGUGGAACUUACACUCGUUUUUCCGGGAAAAAUACACAAAUAUUCCGCGUCUAACUGCUCGGUUUUCCCCUCGGACUGAGAAGCAAGAAGCUCAUUUAUUUAAUUAUUUGUAAAGCAGAACAAGGACACUACCGGUCUAAACCAAGAUCAAUGGUCCCUUCGUCUCUCUGACCAUCACUGGCCAGCACAAGGGAUUUCAAUUGAAUUACCGGUGAUGUCCAAGAGCAUUUCCUUUCCUCAAUGCAAAAACAAACGACAGCAUUAAGAAAAGAUACGGCACACCAGGGAUGGCGGAAAAAGCUUGCGCAUUGUGAGCAAAAACAAGAAGCGUUUAGUCCAUGACGCAUAACUAUUAUCGGGGUUAUGCGGAGCAAGGCCUUGCUCAGUAAGAAAGUUCCAGAGCAAAGGUGAUGCUCUGAUCACCUAAAGGAUUAUCUUAGUAAAAGAAAAAAAAUGAAUCUGAUCUCCAUUUUGUUUGUUCCACGUCGUCUUUGUGCAGUUUGGGAUGUUCUUCACACACUUGACCUCCAGUCUGGUGUUUUUUAGGACUAAAAAACACAGAUAGCUCUCUCUCAAAUAAAGAAGUGUUCUUCAAACCUCAGACUGUGGGGAAAAAUCCAAAACAUACAUGGAGAAGGGAACAAACACUUCGGUUUGGAUGCUGAUCUUUUAAGUUGGUGAAGUGGUCCUCAGGCUUUACCCAGAGAGAAGCAGCUUCACGAUUGUCACAAUCAAAGGCUGGCUACCUUAGCCCUACUGUGGCCAAGCAGUAAACUUCUCUGAAGCUUAGAAGGACACCUACAUUCUGGGUAUCUGUGAAGUAGCUACACAGAAGAUAAGGGCACUAUAUCAAGAAAACAAAAGAGGAAAGGUUAGACUUUGGAAUCAUGGCUCAUGAAGUCAUGGCUGAGAUUCGUGAUUGGCUCUUUCUUCUCCUGCUGUGCCUCACACUGUUGGCCGAGGUGCUGCAGUGUGCUGCAACUGCCUCACAGGGAAUGGAUGCAGACGGGGAUGUAGUGUGUCCCUCCGUGUGCCGCUGUGAUGAAGACUUUAUUUACUGCAAUGACCGUGGUCUGAGUGCUAUCCCACCACUUCCCCCAUCUGCCUCCAUUCUUUAUCUUCAGAAUAAUCAGAUAGAUAAUGCAGGACUUCCUACUUCCUUGGAGUACCUCACUACCGUGGAGGUUAUAUAUCUCUAUGAUAAUGAGCUGGAUGACUUUCCCAUGUAUUUACCACCAUCGUUACGAGAACUUCAUCUCCAAGACAACAACAUUCGGGUGUUACCAAGGGCUGCAUUAGCCAGGUUGCCUCUCCUGGAGAAGCUGCAUUUGGAUGACAACUCAGUGUCCACAGUUAGUAUAGAAGACCAGGCUUUUGCUGACAAUCCUCGUCUACGUCUGCUCUUCCUUUCCAGAAACCACCUUUCCAGUAUUCCCUCAGGACUUCCAGCCUCUCUAGAGGAGCUCCGGUUAGAUGAUAAUCGUAUCUCAACUAUUCCCACACAUGCCUUCCGUGGUUUGUCUUCUCUGCGCCGUCUUGUCUUGGAUGGUAACCUUCUGGCUAAUCAGCGGAUUGCAGAUGACACCUUCUCACGCCUCUCAAACCUCACUGAACUGUCUUUGGUACGGAACUCCCUUCAAACUCCACCUCUCAAUUUGCCUAGUGCACACCUACAAAGACUAUCUUUCCAGGACAAUGCCCUGAUCCACAUGCCACGGGGAUCCCUUGAUGGCAUGCGUAGUCUUCAGAGGCUGGACCUGUCCGGGAACAACCUGACCACACUUCCCAGGGGUUUGUUCCGGGACUUGGAGAGCCUGGGGCAGUUGCUUGUGCGUGGCAACCCUUGGCAUUGUGGAUGCAAUCUGCGCUGGCUAUAUGAUUGGCUGGAAGCCAAAGGAAACACCAUUACAGUCCGAGGACUGACUUGCCAGUCUCCAGAGCGAGUUCGUGACAUGCCACUAAGGGACCUUACUAGCCAAAUGGAUGACUGUGAAUUGGCAGCUGCUGGAGGUGGGGGAAUAGGUGGAGUGGGUUUGCCUGGAGGGGGAGGUACUACUGGCAAUAGAAUGGGUGGUGCAGGAGUAACUUUCACAACUAGUUUCCCUCCACAAGGAUCUCUGUUCACUCUGCGGUCCAAGCGCCCAGGUCUGGGGCUUCCAGAUAAAGGCUUAGACUACACACUGGGCAGCAGUGGUGUGGGCAAGAACCUGGCCUUGAAUGUAAAGUCUCUAUCACAAGAUAGCAUCAGAGUUACAUGGAGUGUGGCUCAAACAUCUUCUUCGUUCAGGCUUAGUUGGCUCCGCCUAGGGACUAGUGCUGCAAUGGGUUCCAUUACUGAGACUUUAGUGAGGGGUGACCGAAGAGAGUAUCUCCUUACUGCCCUUCAACCGGCAUCCAGCUACAUCAUCUGUAUGGUGCCCCUAGUCUCUGGCACUGGGAACAAAGCCGGAAUGUCAGGAGGAAACACAGACACGGAUGAGGCUCCAGUGUGUGCAAAGGCUGAGACAGCUGAUCCCAACCUGUCCGAUGUUGAUCAAGGGGAUGAUCGGGGCUCAGAGCACAUCAACUCACUUCCACUUGCUGGAAUUAUUGGAGGAGCCACUGCAAUAGUCUCUCUUACACUUAUUCUUGGAAUAUUCUGCUGGUAUGCCCAUCGUGCCAGGCGCUUUUCCUCAAGAGAUCACUACAACCGCAGUAGCUCACGAAAAAGCAAGCAUUAUGACGACUACGUUGAAUCAGGCACUAAAAAAGAUAACACCAUUCUGGAGAUCCGAGGACCUGGAUUCCAGAUGACACCAAUGGCUGCCAGAGAGACACUGCAACCCAAGCCAGUACAGGAAGACUACAUAAUACAUACUAUCUUCCCUUCCAAUGGCACAGGUCUAUACAAACCACCCCAUCCCACAACUAAUGCAGGCUAUGGCACAAACCGUGGCUAUAGAGAAGGAGGUAUUCCAGAUAUCGAUUACUCUUACACGUGAUAAGCCUGAUUUAGUGAACACUAUUAAAGUAUGGUACUGGAUAGAUGCACAUUUUUUAUCUGCAUGGGGUCUACAGAACCCCGUUGUGCCUUCUGUCUCCAUUCCAACCUUGCCUGCUGCUCAUGGCACCAAGGAAGCUCUAAAUUGGCUCAAAUGCCUACUAAGAAAUCAUUUUCUAUGUUUGGCACCAGGAAAUGGCUAUACCAUUUUAAGCAGUGAUUCCAAAUGCCAUUUCCACUCCCCUCACUAUAACCUGGUGUGUCCUCAGCACUACUGCUUUAUCUCUGGCUCCCUCAAUGAGGUGGACUCAAGAUCAGUACAAACUGUAUUUUACACAGAAAUUCAUUCUAUUUAGAGCUCAAGUCAUAUGUGAUAUGGAUAAAUGGCACUUACUAAAAAAAGAACAAAUUUGUAUGUAAACUUUCAUCUCCUGUGACUCUAAUUAGUAGCUGCCCAACUGCUUCAUAGUGUUGCUCCUGACAUGUUGUGGAAGAGUACAGUACUGGCUAGAGUGGCUAGAGAGAAAGAGAACACCAUGGUUGAUAAGGAUUUCUCAAAAUCAAUUGUUGUACAGGGAAUCAAAUAAUAUCUUGGCAGUGCAGCUCUUCGGGGACUAAAAGCUUGCUGAAGAAAACAUGGGCUAACGUUUUGGUUCCCGUUUUUGUAAGUGACUUUGGACUCGGACAUCUGGUGUCGGAUUUAAUGAGAGAGAAUAUGGAGUUACAAACAGUUGGUUGUGAAUAGUGAUGCACACUAGGUUUAAACACCUCAAAAUGAUCUGAAUAUGGUAGCGAGUUUCUUGCUGUCCGGUUCCUUUUAUCACGGAGCUGCGGGGAAAUGUGAUCUGUAAGGGUCAAUUAGACGGACAGAUUUAUUUAAAAAAAGAAAAUUGCGACACUAUUAUUAAUGUUAAUAACACAGGCAAGGUGUGUAGAUAUCUGAAUCCAACACAAAGACUUUUUGGAAGUGAAAGUAUGAAAACAUCGUGUUCCAGACUUGUUAUGUAUUUUUUCUAUAAGUUUAUUUAUCCCAUACUGCUGUCUUUUUUUCUUGGUUUAUAUCUGUUCUAUGGUUUUAAAUAAUCUGUUUAGAUAGAACUCGGUCAGUCCUGCUGCUGGUGACAUUAAAACACUGUGGUUUUUGCCUA